AGUCGACUUGCUGCUCAAAAACUAAUCAUUUUUACCUUUUGAGUUGGUUUUAGGUUUUUGUUUUUUAAUUGUAUCAGUUGGAGGGGCAGUUAGCAUCCUCCGCUGAUCUUGGUUAGGGAGGCAAACAUGGGGCAGCAGUGGGGGUGGCCUCUUGUUGACGUUUUUUUCGACAAACAUAUCAGUGGUGGAGGGGUGGCGCAAAUCUGCGGCCUGAUCCUCGUAACCCUGCUCAUCCUCAUUUACUCCAUCAUUUACACGGUCACUUUCCUCACGUGGGGGAAGAGAAGCAGCCCAGGUUUGUGGGGGUGGAAGGGUGUCUGUUCGAAGCGAAGGGUGACGACGACGACAAAAAAGUGUCGUGUCCUACUGGCCAUCGCGCAUCCCGAUGAUGAAGUCAUGUUCUUUGGGCCGACGAUACUCAACCUGUUAAGGGACGGUCACAGCGUGUACAUCCUCUGCUUUUCAUAUGGUGAUUCUGAAGGACAAGGUCUUACCAGGAAGUCCGAGCUUUGGAAGAGUUGCAGAGUUUUGGGCGUGCCGGAUGAGAACGUGACUAUCAUUAAACAUGACCAUUUGAAGGAUGGGAUGACGAAUCGAUGGCCAAUUCUACCCCUCUCUGCACAUAUUAGAAGUUUUCUGAAUUCAUAUGGAAUAGACACGCUGAUUACAUUUGACCGAAGCGGUGUAUCGGGUCACUUGAACCACAUUUCCGUCCAUAAUGCUGCACAAGACUUGGUCGAGAGGAACUUGCUGCCAAAUGAUUGUGAAGUCUACUCACUAAAAUCUGUAGGAUUUUUCCGUCAGUAUGCCCUCAAUUUGUUCAACAUUCCCUUGUCAUACUUUUUCAAUCAGUUUGUCCACGUCGCCAGGGGCAGUGAUUACAAAACUAUUGUCAAAGCCAUGAAGUCUCACUCGUCUCAAAUGCUAUGGUAUCGUCAUCUACACAUAUUAUUUUCUAUGUAUCUAGUUGUAAAUAUUUUCCAAAAAAUAUCCCGACCAAUAACACUAGCCAGCCAUAGUAAAUGAUGAUAACGUCCUUCUCCACGGAUAGGAAAAAUCAUCAGGCUCACUGCAUGCCAAAUAUAAUGACCACUUGUAAUUAAUUUGUGAAAUCGUAUGUAUGUAUGUAAAGGUAUAUGUAUAACCAACAAGUGUGCUUAUGAAUAGACGGUAUAAUAUGAUUUGUAUAUUAAUGGAGGAUGAUAAACGAAUAAAUUUAACGUUAAACAAAG